AUGUCUGGAAUUUUUGGUUUGCAAAAAUCUGGUCACGGUACUCUCCAAGCGUUAAAUGAGAAUCAGAUAAAUUUGGUUAAUCAGCUUCAAGCAGUUUUGUCUGUGUGGCAAGUUGAAUAUGUUGAUUCUAAUUUUGAUCCGAUCGAUACAUUAAAUGGAUUGGCAGAACUGGUUGAGAAAUCUCGUGAAGAAUAUCUCCGACAAGAUCCUGAUCCACUUGAUCAUCGUCAUCCGAUAAAAACGUCUCCUUCAUGUACUUAUGGCCAUAUGCUAAAAAUUUUAGCACGUAAUACGGAAUUCAUUAACAAGUUAUGUCUUUCUUACCUAUUGGCUCGAGAUAAUACUUCGUUAAAUAUCUCUGCUGCCCGUUUGUUGCUAAGCUGUAUGAAGGGCGUUGAUGCUACCUCCAUUUUUACGGAAGCAGUAAUGCCUCAAUUAUACAGAUGGGCUGAAAGAUCCGAUACAGAUAGUAUUUUGCGAAGUAUGUCCUAUGCUUUGCUCGCUUAUGCACUCGAAAGUACGGAUAUUGCCUCGAAAUAUAAGGCAGAAAAUGCUGUUUUAAUACCAGUUGCACUAAGACUUCUUAAGGAAUAUUUCAUGUAUUCAUUCAAUUUUAUUUCGGUUUCUAGAAUGCCUCAGAUAUCUGGAACUAAUCCUUUUGAUAAUGAUUUGAGUAAUGGUGUCGAAAAACUUGAAAGUCCUCCGAGAAAAAAGGCUAGACUCACUGCUUCCUUGGUAUCUCUAGCUGAUGAUCUUAGCAAUAGUCAAUGGACUGAACUGCAGAAAAGGAAAGUUGGUAAUUGUCAAAUAUAUCCUAUUACAACAUUAAUGCAUCAAAAAUUGAUUCUCAAAUAUUUAAUAUCUCUUGGAGAAUAUCAAGAUUUAUUAAAAGAGGCUUAUGAAAAUCGUUCACUUGAAAUCAUUUGUACAUAUCUUGAAGAUGCAAACAAAGAGGAUGUACGGCUGACUUUUUUUGUAUUAAGAUAUUUGGCAUCAUUAUUAGUACAUCGAAAAUUUGCAAUGGAUUUUGUUGCUGCUCAUGGUGUUGAAAAACUUAUUCGAGUAGAUCAGCAGUCAUUCGCUUGCGUAGCAGUCGGCACUUGUCUUUAUUAUCUUGCUUAUAAUUACGAUGUUCUUGAGCAAAUGAAUCUUCUUUCUGAAUCUGUAUUGGAUAAAAUUGUCAAAUUCCAACUGUGGAUGUUAGAACAUAGCCACGAAAGUGGUCGUGGGGCAGCAACAAUGUUUUUUGCGUAUUCUUUUCAGUUGCGGGCUAUUCUCGAGCGUUUCGAUAAUAAUGAUGGCUCAAGACGCUUAUUAAAUUAUAUCUCGACUUUGACUUUGCUGCAAGCCGAGGAAAGAAGUUCUUUACCUGAAGAACUUUUAUUUACUAGCUUUCAAGCAGUUCGAAACACUUGUGCAGCAUUCAGAAGGUUUAUUUUUUUAGAUAUUUUUUCUUGCCCUUCCAAUCAUUAUAAUUGUUGUUGUUUUAAGGUUUUAAAAAGUUUAUUGCUGAAAACUUCGCCUAUAACUGAGGCGGACGCGAUACGUACUCUUGUUUGUCAAAUUUUAAAUGGCUUGGCUCGUUGUGAAGAAGUUCGACAAAUUUUAAGCGAAAUGCCUUUGAUAGCUGAUAAUGUACUGCUUGGCCUUAUGCGUGAACCAGUUUUGCCUGAUAAGCGAGCAGAACAUCUUCGCUUCUGUGAACAAGCACGAUUGCUUAUUGAGCGAGAAAAAAUUUGGAAGUCAGCUAUCAUAUCGCGCACAAAAAUCAAUUUUAAUGAGAAGGAGUUGCUUCAGUUAAUUCAUCAGCAUCUCUGUAAGAAAGGACUUAAAAAAACAGCCGAGCAGCUACAGAUUGAAGCGGAGUUGCCUGAUGUACCUGCUAGUCUUUUUACGGAGGCUCCAGUCAAUUUAUGGUUUUUUUUGUCUAAUAAUUUCAGAAAACAACAUGCGAUGUGCAAUAAUCCUAUUUCGAAUUGUCCUCCAUUUUCAGUAUUUUUGUCGUUCAUUUCAUCAUUCAUUUUUUUCCAGAUCGAUUCUCUAAUGAACAGUUAUGAGAGUCGGAAGGCCGAUGAAAGAUUUGUUUUUAGUCGAUUGCGACCUAUCAAAACGUUUUCGGAAACUGAUGAAACGUUUACCUGCUGCAGUUUCUCUAUUGAUGAUGAGCAUGUGGUCUUGGGUACGUAUGCUGGUUCAUUGCAUUGGUAUAAUGUAAAUACUGGCGUUGAAGAAUCUUUGACGGAAUGUCAUCAUAGUGCUAUAACAGUUAUUGAACAAUCUAGGGAUGGUUCAUUGCUUCUUACGUCAUCUUCUUUUGUAAAACCUUUAUCAUCACUAUGGAAAAUCGGCGAAACACAAGACCAUAAAUUCAAUUUUGUGGAUGAUUAUUAUGUUGAAUUCAGUAAAGCAUAUCAAAAUCGUAUCAUUGGUACUCGAGAAAGUACAGCUACGGUUAAAAAUUUUUCAAAUAAAUUUUUAUUUAUCAGUAAAUAUUACUUUAGAGCUACUUUCCACCCACUGGAUAAUUUAGUGCUAAACGAUGGAGUCCUUUGGGAUAUUCGAUGCGCGUCUCAAGCGCUACACAAGUUCGAUAAAUUAAAUAUGGUUAUUUCUGGAGUUUUUCAUCCACAUGGAAAUGAAGUCAUCAUCAAUACCGAAGUGUGGGAUGUACGGAUGUAUCAUUUACUUCAUAGUGUUCCAACUCUUGAUCGUUGCAAGAUCGUGUUCAAUCGAACAGGAAAUAUACUUUGUGCGGGUAAUAAAAUUCUCUUUACUUGUGGUUUUUCAAGCAAAUUUUCUUUCUAA